AUGACGGGCACGCCUGGCGCAGCUGCCUCCCGGGGUGGCGAGGCCCCCGAGCACCCCCCGCCCUGCAGUCCGAGCUUCGAUCUCACGGGCAAGGUGAUGCUCCUGGGAGACUCGGGCGUCGGCAAAACCUGUUUCCUGCUCCAGUUCCGAGACGGGGCCUUCCUGUCCGGGACCUUCCUCGCCACUGUCGGCAUAGACUUCAGGAACAAGGUGGUGACUGUGGACGGUGCGAGAGUGAAACUGCAGAUCUGGGAUACCGCGGGGCAGGAGCGCUUCCGCAGUGUCACCCACGCUUACUACCGAGACGCCCAGGCCUUGCUGCUGCUCUAUGACAUCACCAACAAAGCUUCCUUCGACAACAUCAGGGCCUGGCUCACCGAGGUGCACGAGUACGCCCAGAGGGAUGUGGUGAUCAUGCUGCUAGGCAACAAGGCGGAUGUGAGUAGUGAAAGAGUGAUCCGGUCGGAGGACGGGGAGACGCUGGCCAGGGAGUACGGCGUUCCCUUCAUGGAGACCAGCGCCAAGACGGGCAUGAACGUGGAGCUGGCCUUCCUGGCCAUUGCCAAGGAGCUGAAAUACCGGGCGGGGCGGCAGGCCCACGAGCCCAGCUUCCAGAUCCGCGACUACGUGGAAUCCCAGAAGCAGCGUCCCAGCUGCUGCUCCUUCCUGUGACGCCCAGGGGGCUGCGGGGAGGCCACAGGGGCCCGGAGGACACAGCCGUGGCCCCCAGACCGGUUUAUCCUGAGAGGUUAAACGGAGGGAGAGGGAGAGGGGGACCCAGCCCUCAACCCCUUCCCAUGAAGAAGCUGGACUCCAGCGCCCACCGCAGCUCCUGUGGCUCCCCUGCUUCCCCAGGGAGGGCGCGCCACCUUUCUCUUACUGCGACUUAAUUUAAAACAAGUAACAGGUGGGGAACCAGGACACCGGAACAACGGAGGCAGGGCCCUGGCAGCCCUUCUGCCUUCGAGGCCGAGGGGCUGGGCCUCCCUCCUAGCCGUGGGCAGCAGCACCAGGGACACUGAUGCACUUGUAGGGAUGUGGGGGGCAGGAAGUGACCCCGUCAGCAGUCUCACUUUAGCUGGACAGAGGCUGGGCUGACCCCUGGGUGUUUCAGGGAAGACGACAGCUGUGGGUUAGGAGGGGGGCGGCCCCCUGGGAGGAGGGGAGAGAAGGAUCAGAGACCAGGGUGUGUCUGUCUGGCCACCACGGGCCUUACGGAGCCCCUCCCGGGAGGGUGUCCCUUUCCUGGGCCCCUGGGGACCUUGGUGCCUGUCUCUGGACCUCAGAUCCCAGGGGAGCCCCUUCCCCCGAAUCCCUGUCUUAUCUGCUUUCUGCCUGUGGCCCUGGCCACCACCCCAGCUUUGUGCUCAGCUCUCCGGGGUCAAGAACCAGAUAAAGCCCCAGCUCCUGGGGCAGGUGGGGGCAGCAGAAUGGAACAAAGCUUGCCCCUAGCCUGAGCCCUAAACCCAGCCUGACCACUGAGCCCUUUAACUCCUCAGACGCCGGGGCUCAAACUGCUUUAUUGCCUCUUUGGCUAGAGAGCCGAAGUCACCCAUUCCUAGGUAAAUCGAUGUGUGCAGACCAAGGUCAUGGCUGCACACUGGGGGCGGGGUGGGCCCGGGAGCAGCAAAGAGUUCAGGCAGGGCCAAGGUCGUGUCUCCCGAGGCCCUGACCCCAGCUCCAGGAAGUGAACCUGAGACCGAGAGGUCAUGACCUACAGGUACCCAGACUCCUGCGGGCCAGGGGCAGCCUAGGA